AUGAACGGCCUCACCACGGAUCCCGCUUCCGUCGCCGGCAAUGGCCUGAGAACACUGAACCCUCAAGUACUGACAACGCCCGUGUCGCCAAGAUAUCUCCGUGAGCUGGAGGGUCGCAAGGCCCAGGAUGAUCGCAUGCUAGAUCCCGUCGCCGCACCGCGCCGGGUGGAUGUCGAUGCCCUCCUCACACAGCCAAGCCCGAGUACUUCGUCGUCGCGCGCAGCCUUUGGCUUGCACCCGCGCGAUGUAGCCCAGCACAAUGAUCACCAUAAUCACGGCCAAGACAGCAAUGGUCAGUCGUCCCAAGGACCUAUUCUCUCGGCUGAGUCGUCCUCUAACACCACAUCAGGACCAACACCGUCACUGGCCCCCGACACUGGACGUCUAUCAUACCACAGCAGCCAUGGCAGCAGUGUAGAUGACCACAACAGCAUCGAGCCCUCGUUUAUGCAGAAUCCCUUGGCAGAUAACGACUACACAUUCACUAAAAUGAAGGGCAGAUUCUGGUACAUGGGGCCAUCCUCGUCAUGGUCCUUUUGCCGUCGCGUUUUAACGCUACUCGGCCAGCACCUCCCGGACCAGGGCUACGUCGCAGACCCGGGUCACUUUGACGGCGGGCACAAGCUCGUAUGGAACGCGGUGCCGUGCGACGAGACUCCCGACGUGUCCAACUUGCCGCCGCUGGACUACGCGCUGUUGCUCUUCAACGUGGCCAAGUUCUACCUGGGGUCCAUUUUCUACCUCAUUGACGAGCAGGACUGGCUGCGAAACCUGUACGAGCUCUACGAGGACCAGUCGGCCAAGGCGGCGUCGUCGCGGCACUGGUACGCGCAGUACCUCCUCAUCCUGGCCUAUGGCAAGGUCUUCAUCACCAACCAAAGCAGCGCUGAGGGUCCCACGGGACACCAGUACGCGGCGCGCGCCAUGGCGCUUAUGCCAGACCUUUCCGGGCUCGCACCCGACUCCAUGACAGCCGUGCAGGCGCUCGUGCUCGGCUCAGUGUACCUACAGUCGAUCGACAUGCGCGUGGGCGCGCUGCAGCAUGUCUGCCACGCGAUGCGCAUCUGUAUCAUCGAGGGCUGGCACCGCCACAUGCCCGUCGAGGUGGUAGGCGUGCAGCACUCGCAGCGCUGUAACCUCAUCUUCUGGGUCGUGUAUAAACUGGAGCGUGAGUUCGGGUCGCUCAUGGGCGCGCCGUCGUCAAUCCGUGACGAGGACAUCACGGCGCGCGCGCCAUCGGAUCUCAACGACUGCUUCGACGCGCGCAACAUGGCGCUGCACGUCCGCCUCGCGCGCCUCGUCUCCAAGAUCCUCAACGCCAUCUACGGCGUCGGCCAGCGCUUCGAUGGCUCCCUCGUCACCAACACGCAAUCGGUGCUGCGCGACCUCGCCCAGAUCUCGCGCGAUGUCCACGCCCUGCUCGAGUCGCACUUCCAGGGCUCCAUCAGCAAGGCCUCGCGCAUGGCCGUCCGCCUGCUGCUGUCCUACCACCACUGCGUCGUCCUCACCACUCGGCCCGUCGUCAUGUGCGCCCUCCACAUGCACAUCAAGCGCACCAACUCCAUCGUCGCCGGGCCCGUCAUGCUCUCCACCCCCGUCGCCUCCCUUCUGCAGUCGUGCGUCAACUCGGCCCAGACCGUCCUCCGCAUCCUCCGCGUCAUCGGCGACGAGGACCUGCUCGAGGCCUUCCUCCCCUUCCAGCUCGAGGACGCCUACUCGUCCGCCUUCGUUCUCUACCUCGUCCGCACCAUCUGCCCCUUCCUCGUCCCCGACGACAACUGGGAGGAGAACAUGCAGAGCGUCCUCGACAAGAUGAUCUCCAAGGGCAGCAUCGUCGCUCCCGUCCGCAAGAUGGAGCUCGCGCAGCUCGAGCGCUUCAUGAACGCCUUCACGCCGCCGGCCCCGGCCGGUAGCAACGCAGGCGGUGCUACCGGUGCCGGUGGUAACGGCGCCGCGCACGGCGACGAUCAUCACAUGUCGGAGCAGGGCCACGGGCACGACGACAACCUCGACACGCCGCUGACGCCGAGCGUCGCGGCCGACGAGCCGGGCUGGGACCUGUUCCAGACGGACACCAUGAUUGGUAUCUCGCCGGGCGAGAUGCUUGACCUGGCGGCGCAGCUGGAGCUCAACAACCCUUUGCUUUCAGCGCUACAUGAAUGA